UGGAAGGAUCGAGGCACCGGGGAAGAAGGCUUGGGAAGCACAGCCUUGGACCCAACUCUGAAGAGCCAGAGGAAUGAGGACCAGCGGGCACCAGGGAGGUCGACCUGGGUCAGCACUCAGAUGAGCUCGAAGGGAGGGCCAGAGGGAGGACAGAGGCACUCACAGGCAGGCCAGGUGGCUUGGCUGCCAUCCCGGGCUCAGCCUUCCCUGCUGCUAAUCUCGGACCUCCCCGCCGGGACAAGCAGACCCCAUCAGGAAGGAAACAGACAGGGAGGAUCUCAUGACACACCUGCCACGGCUCCACCUGUCUCGCAGCUCACCACACCCAACACUCGGAGCCCAGUGGAUUUGCAAAAGAGAAAGUAAAACACACACACAUGUAAUAACCAACCCCGUGCAUUUCCUGGCAUCGGCUGACUGUUUGGUCAAGAGCUUCCUCCCUCUUCGUGUACCUGCUGGAUACUCCUAACAUCCUUCAGCUGCUGCCGGCUAGGAGGCCGAUCACAAGCUCAGCCCUGGGGCACAACCCCCACUCCCACCCCCAGGAAAAGCAUCGAAGCAUCCGAGGAGGCCAGCGCCGAGAUCUGUUGGCCCUGAGCCCGGUGGCCACCCGCUGCCAGCUCAAAGUCACCUUUGCUCCACCACCCACCGGCCACUGGCUAACCAGAGCCAGCCCAGAACCCCCUCCAGCUUGGCUCGGCAGGAACCAGGAACCGGGCCCUAUUGGGCAAUCAUUAAUAGGAUUCUUGACAUUCUUCAGCCGCGGGUCUGCUUUGGGAAGCAUGCUCCCCGGAAGAGGAGGAGCGGAGGCCCAGGACUGGCAUUUGGACAUGCAGCUGGCAGGCAAGGUGGUGCUGUCCGCCGCUGUCCUGCUCCUGCUGACCAUAGCCUACAGGCUGUACAAGUCGAGGCCUGCCCAGGCCCCGCCGCGGGGCAGAAACACCAAGGCCGAGGCCAAGGAGGAGGCCCAGGGCUCCGGGCAGCCUGCAGCCCAGGGAGCUGCUCCCGGGGCACCGCACGGUGCACUGAGACGCCGGAGGGGAAGCCAGGGAGCCAGAGCAGCGCCGGGCUGCGGCUGCGAGAAGCAGGGGGACUCCCGAGUCCCAGCAACAGGACCUUCUCCUGAAGACUCAGAGGCCCAAGAGGCUCAGGAGCCCGAGAAGGACGGCGCUGGUGAGGAAGGGGGUGGGCAGUGCCCAGACUCUGGGCUGGCACCUCCUCGCUGCAGUGGCCUGGGGGUCGGAACAGCUGCUGGCGGUAAGCCUGAGCCGCCCCGGCACCCCCAUUUGGGCCGCGAAUCCCAAAGCUCCCCCGCAGCAGACAGCAGCCGUGCGAGUGGCGAGUCUGCCCCUUGGCAGGACGGCGGCCCCCCCGGGCAGCUGGGACCCGGGCAGCAGGACCCCGCCCCUACCAACUGGGCAGCCCACAUGGAAGGCAAGAGUGACAUGAGCAAGAGUUGGAUCUUCACCCGCAGGGAAGAGGCCGGGGCCCUCCGGGCCGCCGGGGACCUGGGCCUGAUCCUGCAUCAGCGCGAGGGGGCCACCAGCGCCUCCUACACCUACUGGUCAGUGACCCGGGUGCGUGUGGAGGAGGAGGUGGAGGGGAUCGGGCCCAGGCUGAAGGGCAAGGUAUAUGAUUACUAUGUGGAAUCCACCUCCCGGGCCAGCUCCAAGGGCAGGCUGACCCCCAGAUCGGCUGCCAGGACUGAGGCCCCACCCCCUGUGCCCCUGCCAGGCCCCUUGGAGACAGGGACGGCGUCAGGAGGCCACGCCGAUGACCGGGAAGGUGGAGCCCACACACCCACCACCCCCCAGCCUGCGCCGUCACCCUCCACGCAAGGCUUCAGCAGGAAGGACAGCCUGCUCCAGAUCACGGAGAACCCGGAGCUCCAGCUGCAGCUCGAUGGCUUCGGGGCCACCAGGCCCUCCUGCCCAGAUGGGAGCAACCGGCCCGGCUGCCCCCUGCCCCCCGCGUCUCUCGGGGCCGGCUCGGCCGGAAGCAGCAGGGAGCCCUGCGUGCAGCUCGUGGCGGGGACCAAUUUCUUCCACCUGCCGCUGGCCCCUGGCUCGGCUCCGGAUGUGCACCUGGAUCUGGGCAACUGCUACCAGGUACUGACCUUGGCCAAGAGGCAGAAGCUGGAGGCGCUGAAGGAGGCGGCCUACAAGGUGAUGAGCGACAACUAUCUCCAGGUCCUGCGCAGCCCGGACAUCUACGGCUGCCUGAGCGGGACGGAGCGGGAGCUGAUCCUCCAGCGGCGGCUACGUGGCCGCAGGCACCUGGUGGUGGCCGAUGUGUGCCCCCCGGGGGACUCGGGCCGUCUCUGCUGCUACGAUGAGGAGCGGGACGUCUGGUGCCCACUGGCCUGCCUGCCCCCCGAGGCUGUGUCCCGGGGCUGUGCCCUCUGCAGUCUCUUCAACUAUCUCUUCGUGGUGUCCGGCUGCCAGGGGUCUGGGCCCCAGCCCUCCAACCGCGUCUUCUGCUACAACCCGCUGACGGGGAUCUGGAGCGAGGUGUGCCCGCUGAACCAGGCCCGGCCGCACUGCCGGCUGGUGGCCCUGGACGGCCGCCUGUACGCCAUCGGGGGCGAGUGUCUGAACACGGUGGAAUGCUACGACCCCCGCCAGGAUCGCUGGACCUUUGUCCCACCGCUCCCCAACGACACCUUCGCGCUGGCACACACGGCCACAGCCUGCGCCGGUGACAUCUUCGUCACGGGCGGGACCCUGCGCUACCUGCUGCUGCGCUUCUCGGCCCGGGAGCAGCGCUGGCAGGCAGGCCCCACGGGCGGCGGCAAGGACCGCACGGCCGAGAUGGUGGCGGUCAACGGCUUUCUCUACCGUUUUGACCUCAACCGCAGCCUGGGCAUCAGCGUGUACCGCUGCAGCGCCAGCGCCCGCCUCUGGUACGAGUGCGCCACGUACCGGACGCCCUACCCCGACGCCUUCCAGUGCGCGGUGGUGGGCGACCUCGUGUACUGUGUGGGGCGCCAGCGCACGCUCUGCUUCCUGGCCGACCACAUCUCGCCCAGGUUCCUGCCCAAGGAGCUGCAGAGCUUCCCCUCCCCGCGGGGCACCCUCCUGCCCGCCGUCCUGACCGUGCCCGGCCCCAAUGUGCCGCAGACCAGGGUCUAGCCACCCUCCUGCC